AUGUCUAGGCAACCUGAAGUCACCCAGGCCAUGCACCUUAUACAAUGCCACCUUGUGAAGGCGAGCGGCAGUAGCGAAAAUGGUCAUAUAGCUUUCUGGCGUUGGAGAAUCACUGCAAAGACCUGGAUAGAUAUAUCUGGAUAUGGCCUGGAACUUGAAGCGAACGCGGCGAUGUCCAAAGGAUUAAUCCCAAUCACAUCUUCGGACUUGCUGGAACAAGACGCGCUCAGGCAUCCAUUCCUGACAUCUGCUGCCUCGGGGAGCCUUCAGCAUGAGCGACUCGGUUUCUGGCUCUCCCAGGACAGGCUGUACGCUGCCCAUGCUUAUCCUCGCUUCAUCGGCUCGUUGAUCUCGGCCAUUCCCUACGAUGCAUCACACAAAAUUGGAUCCAUUGAGGAGCGCCUAAACCAACGCAUACUCGAUAUCCUGGUCUUCUCUCUUACUAAUGUCGUGAGAGAGGUCACGUUCUUCGAGGAGACGGCGAAGGAGUGGGGCCUCCGAAUUGAAGGAUGGAAGGAACGAAAGGGCACGAGAGACUAUACAGCCGAGAUGGCUCGUGUUUCCAGCUCGUUGGAAGAGGGCUUGGUGUUCCUAUGGGCAAUGGAGAAGGUGUAUUUGGAUUCUUGGGUCGCUGUCCAUACACAACUCGUCAGCUCUCUUGAUGCUACUCGUACGACACCCACAUUGUCAGCAUUAUUAUCUUUGUCGGCUAAUUGGAGUAGCACCGAGUUCAGCUCUUUCGUUGAUACUUUGGCCGGUAUAGUCAAUGAUCUUGGAAUCACGCCUGGGUCUGCAUCUUGGAAGCGAGCUGAAGGCGUUUGGGAUAGGGUGGUCGAGCUGGAAGCAGCAUUUUGGCCGGAAGAGGGCGAAGAAUCUAGCAUGCUUUCAUGAGGUAAAAAACACCGCCUUGAAAAGACCAGCAGGCAAAAGCAUCCGUAUUUAUGACUAGCAUCUUAUAAUGAAUUGCUGAUGAUGAGCAUUCGUUCAGGCAGCCGUUUCAGGGAGAAGAAACGCGCAGCAUACAAUUUCGAUGAACGAAUCCCUGUGUGUCGGGACUCGGAGAUCGCAGGAUGAGCUUGGGGCCUGCGAGAGAAGAAAUUGAGCAUUGAUUACUGUCAGCGCCUUACGAAUUAUACCUGAAGAACAAUGACGC